UCUACCGGAGAGUCCGCAGGCAGAGCCCGGCUCCUUAUCACUUCUCAAAUCAUUCCUCCGACUGCUUGCAUCAAAAUGGAGAAGAAAGCCACAGAUUUCUCGGGAAAGUGGAAAAUGAAGUCUUCGGAAAAUUUCGAGGAACUUUUAAAAGCCUUAGGUGUGAAUGUUUUCCUGAGGAAGAUUGCAGUGACAGCGGCCUCCAGCCCAGCGGUAGAAAUCACCCAGCAUGGGGAGACUCUGUCCAUCAAGACCUCCACCAGCGUCCGCACCACCCAUGUCUCCUUCACUUUGGGUCAGUACUUCAAUGAGACCACAGUGGAUGGACGUCCCUGCACGAGUUUUCCAAAAUGGGAAACAGACAGCAAGAUCAGCUGUGAACAGACUUUACAGAAAGGCGAUGGGCCCAAGACGGCGUGGACCCGAGAGCUGACCAACGAUGGAGAACUGAUACUGACAAUGACCGCCGGGGAUGUUGUCUGCACCAGAGUUUAUGAGAGGGAAUGAGAGCAUUUUUUUUCCAGACCAUCUUACAACACUCCUGUUUUGUUUCUCAUGCAUGGUUUACAUUUACUCGCCUAGUUUUCUUCUUUUUCGUCCUCUUCCCAGCCAGUCAGAUGUUGGUCAGAUCUUGCUCAAACAGUCCUCUAUGUAGAAAAGGCUUCAGUUUACAUGAAUGUAUGUUGAUAGAAUUGCCUUUAUAACACCAAAGCUGAAUUUACUCUUUAUGUAUCAUAUAGAAAUGUCACACAUUCCUUUUUAAAAGCUAUAUUGC